UUGCGAUAGGCGGGUAAAUUUGAAAGCGAGCGGUGACUGCAGCAAAGCCGUUACCGAUGAAUGGAGGUUACUCGUAUCUGAUUAAGAUCGGCCGCCAGCUGGGUCGGCUUGAGAGAAGACAUUAACGUUUUCCUUACAAUAAUGAGGCGUAGUUCAAGUACCAGUCGAAUCAGUUGCCGGCAAUCCAUCCAGCCACUGAGGGUGCAGGAUACUAAUAAGACGGGACUUCAUACACCCCAACCGCAAGAGAGAAGGACAACGUUUGGAAAGCAGAGUGUGGGAAAGCACGCACCAGGGACAUCAGAAAGGAAAAGCAGUUUUUUUGGCAGAAGGACUAGUGGCCCUGGGAGCUUACGGAACAGCCAAUAUGGUGCUUUUGGAAAUACGGAGAAAAUCAAGGAGCCUAGACCGCUUCAUGACAAAACAUUUAUUCAGCAAUGUAUCCGUCAACUUUCUGAUUUUCUUACAACAAAUGGAUAUUAUUCUACAAUCUCUGUGAAAUUACUCCAAGCUCCUUCUGUUAAGGACUUUGUGAAAAUUUUCAGCUUUAUUUAUGAACAAUUUUGCCCUUCAUGUGACCUUUCGGGUUCCAAAUUUGAAGAAGAAAUCCCAAGAAUUUUCAAAGAGCUUGGUUAUCCAUUUCCUUUGUCGAAAAGCUCUAUGUAUACAGUGGGUGCUCCUCAUACGUGGCCUCAGAUUGUAGCAGCUCUAGUCUGGCUGAUAGAUUGUUCCAAGUUGUUUACUUAUAUGAAAGAAAAACCACAGUCAUUUGAUGAAGAACAGAUUUUUGGAGAGACUGACGAUGAAAUUUUGCAUAACAAGCUUUUUGUGGACUACUGUAUAAAAUGUUAUGACCAUUUCAUGAAGAGUAGAGACAAUUUUGAAGAAUUCGAUGCUGAAAUAGAUUCCAAAUUAAAGGAUCUGUUUCAGGUACAGGGAAAGAAUUUAGCGGCCUUAGAAGAAGAAGAAAAAAGGUUGAAGGAAGAGAUUGCAAAGCGUGAAAAGGAAAGAGAAAGUGAACCAGACCGUUUAGAGCAACUACGGAGACUGAAAUCAUCUUUACAGGAAGAUGCUAAACGAUAUGAGGCUUAUAUGGCCAGUUUGGAAUCUCUCUCAAACAACUUCAGUCAAAAGAAAAAGAGUACUACAGAGGAGCAAGAAGCUGCUGCCAUGGAAAUUGAAGCACUGAAACAGGAAAAUUCACGUCUGGUGGUCAUUUGUGAUAAUCAAAAAUAUUCCACUGCAGACAUUGAGAAACUGAAUUCUGAAAUAGAGGAGCUGAAACAAGCAGUAAAUAAAUUAACCAAGGAAUUUGAAGUAGAGCAGCGGCAACUAUGGAAUGAGGAAUUAAAAUACGCAAGAGGAAAAGAAGCAAUUGAAGCAGAUUUGACAGAAUACCAUAAAUUGGCUCGAAAAUUAAAACUAAUUCCUACAAGUGCAGAGAAUUCAGAUGGUCUUGAUUUUGAAAUUAAAUUCAAUCCUGAUGCAGGGCCUAAUUGUCUGUUUAAGUACAGAACUCAGAUUCGUGCUCCCCUUCUGAAUCUUAUAAACAAGACGGAAGAAGAGAUUGCAAAUGCAACAAAGAGAAAAAUUGGCUUAGAAGAUACCUUAGAACAGGUAAAUACAAUGGAAGCUGAAGAGAACAGCAUUGUGAAAAUGUUAAGAGAAGAAAUACAAAAACUGGAAGAUUUAUGUCAGCAAAAGGCAAAGGAAGUUGUCGAAGAAGAAGAAAAUAGUAAGAAGGAGCUGGAGUUGUUGGAGACACAUAAAAGUUUGCUUUAUAAUGGUGUCAAUGAGGGUGUCAGUGAAGCCAUGAAGGAACUACAUGAAACCCGAUGCCGAUAUCAAGUGGUUAUGCAAACAACUUCAGAAGAGAAAAGGAAAAUGGAUAAAAAUAUGCAGUAUCUUCUGGAACUAAUAUUUACUCAUCUUGAGACAGUUGAGAAAUACUUGACUGAACAGAAUAUAAAAAUUGACAGAGAAUUCAAUGAAUUUGUAUCUCAAGAUCCGCUGAUGAACUUGAAAGAAAUCCUAGAUAAUUACAAAAAGAAGAUGAGUACCCUGUAUACUUCAGACACUGAAAAUAACGUCUGUAUAGUAUAGAAAUGCUCUAAAAUGUUUGCAUGCUAUGGCAGUGUUUUAUAAUGUUUUGAAUUGUACCUUUUGUUCAUAUGAACUUAUGGUAUUUGGAGGCUAUCUCUUUUUUAUAGUUCAGUUAUUAGAACCAAUAUUCACUGUUUGGAUGCAUAAAUACACUAGGCCAGAAAACCUGACUCUGUUUUAUGAGUAUCAGUACAUAGACAAUGAUAAAUGCUCAUGGAUUCAAAUAUUUUAUAUAUACUUGUUUUGUUCUUGAAAGCACUAAUUAAAAUGCAAAAAGUAUGACUGAAAAUUGAGUCACUAAUGUAAAGGCUGUAAUUGCCUACCAAUUAUCAACAUGGGGAAACCAGAGGUUUAAAUAGUUAAUAUUUCAUAAAAUCUCAGGGCAAGAUAAACCCAUGUUAUUGUGAAAUGAGACAAUUCACCUCAUGGCCACAACAGUAGCUGGACUAAAGUUCAUGCUGAAUGCUGCCCUGUUCUGCGAAUUGCAGAAAAUAUAGUCAUGAAAACUAUUUUGAAAUCGACAAUGGAGGUUUAAAUAGUUAAUAUUUCACAAAAUCUCUGGGCAAGAAGAUAAAUCCAUGUUAUUAUGAAAUAAGACAAUUCACCUCAUGGCCACAAGAGCUGGGACUGAAGUCCAUGCUGAAUGCUGCCCUGUUCUGCAAAUUGCAGAAAAUAUGGACAUGAAAACUAUUUUCAAAUCGACAAAAAAGGAAAAAGUGCAACACAACUCUGUUCUUACCUACUAAAAAAUCUACUUGGGUUCCUUAUACUUUCACACAAAAAAAUCUCAGCAGAAAAUAUGUUUUCAAUUACAAUACAUUCUUCGGAUUCUUCAGCCAAAUUAAUGGUAAACAGUUCAGUGAAGGUGUUGAAACUGCAUUUGCUCUAAAAGAAAAGCUGACAAUUCAUUAGGAAUAAUAAACAUUGAAAAUAGAGGUGCCAAUAUAAUGCCCUUAUCCAAAGAAUAUCUGGAAUAUUGUGUGCAUUUUGGUUGUCCUAACUCAAAAAUCACAAAAGUAGAGCAUCAAAAGAUUAGGAUGGGCUGGACCAAUUUCCUACAAAAAAAAUAUGACAUUUGGGCUGUUUUUGGCCUAGAAAGGAGGCGGAUGUGACUGAAGUGUACAAACUUAUACAUGAUGUGGAUUAAGUGGAUGAGAAGCUAAUUUCCCUUUUUCAAAAUUCUGGAAUUGUGGGUGAAACUGAAUACUGGAAGACUACAGACAAAAGAUCAAACAUUACAAAACAUGUAAUUAAAUUUUGGAAUUGGCUACCACAAAGUGAUGUGCUAUUGACCAACUUGGUUGGUUUUUUUAAAAAAAGAUUGGUAGCAUAACUGCCUUUGAACAAUUUGCUAGAGAAGAGUUUGCUUGUGCAAUUGAUUGGCCACUGUGGGAACAGACUAGGCUAGACAGGCCAGGCGUCCAAUCCACUGGUUAUGUUCUUAAACAGCAGGUAUUUAUUAAAUUUAUACAGGUUAUCUAGGGUACUGAAGGAACAAGCUAAUGUUCUGGUAAAACUUUAUGCAGUAUCACUAGAGAAUUCUGGGAAAGAGUGAAGCAAAUGAUUGCUAGAGGAGGGAAAAUAUUUCAGUAGGCAUCAGGGAAAAAUGUCUAGCAAUGAAACCUAUUCAACAAUGAAACAAAAUGCCUUAAAGGUAGUGGACUCUCCAGGAGGGGAGAUAUUUAAACAGAGCCUACAUGACUUUUGUCAGGGAUGCUAUAGUUGUGGAGACCUGCAGUGGGUUGGAUGUCCAAUGUAACUUCCAACUCUGACAUUAUAUAAGUCUAUAUUAACUUGCUGAUCUUCAACCAACAGUGGGUUGAUCAAUAAUGAAUAAUGACAGGGAGCUGAGGCUCCAAGUUCGUCUUUAGAAACAUGUUUCUCCUUUAGGGAAAAUAUAAUAUUCUACCUUUUUAAUAUUUCCUAGAAUACAUUUUCCUAGGAGAGGGGUGGGUGCUAACUUCCUACAAACAGAAACCAGAAUGAGUGGGGCAAAAACUUUUUUUAAAAAAAACACCAAAAUCCAACUUAUUACAGUAUUUUAAACUUAUAGAUAGCUUUAACCAAAAACUGUCUAGUAUUGAUCUCACCCCAUUCCUAAGGAGUCUGUAAGGGGAGUGCAUAAGAGCACCAACAUGCCUACUGUUCCUGUCCUAAUGUUCCCUUUGAUUGUAUACAAUUUCAUAUAGUUAUUACAUACUUAUGGUUUUAUAUAUAUGUGCUUAUAUAUCGUAUAGUUAUUUCAUGCUUAUGCUUAAAUAUAAUGUGACAAAUAAAUAAAUAAAAAAAUAGAUAGGCACUGG